CCUCUCCCUGCUGUCAGGACCAGCAUUUGCCAGCAGUCUCCCUCUAAACACACCCAGCACGGACAUCUGCGGCUCCGACCAACAGCCAUGGCUGGACGGGACACACACUCUCUUCUUCCUGCAGGACUUCUCCUGGUCCUCUUCCACACCUGGGGAGCAUGGGCCGCUGUGGAGGUGGUCGUGGAGGACAAAGUGGAGGUUUACCUGGGAGAUACGGCUCAGAUCACCUGCACGUUCACAUCGGAUGACGGCAUUGGCGGCACGAGCAUACAGUGGUUCUACGUGGACAAAUUGAAAGAAAAGCAGAGGAUCUCCUCCCAGGACAGCAUGAUGACGAGGGUAGACAAAGACACUCCGUACACAGACCGGAUCAGCGUGAACAGCACAGGAGCUUCUGUGGUGUUAACCAUCAGUGAUGUGCAGCUGCAAGAUGAACGGGAAUUCAUCUGUUUGGUCAAAAGUCUCACAGAUGGCGUUGGGGAGGGACGCACAAGGCUGCUGGUGUAUGCUGCACCGAACCAUCCCACCAUUGAGGGUGUGCACACAGGUAUCUCAGUGCACGAAUUUUCAAAGAUUGGCUCAUGUGAAGUGAGAAAUGGAUACCCCAGACCCAACAUCACCUGGUACAGAGACAGCACGCCUCUACGCCAUGAUCCUGAUGUGGUGGAGUUCAACUCUCAGAUCACUACGGAGUCGAGUGGUCUGUAUUCAGUCACGAAUGAGCUGAGGAUGGAGGUGAAGAAGGAAGACAAAGAUGCUCAGUUCUACUGCGAGGUCACUUACUUUGUUCCUAAAGACACCAUGAUGACUGAAACCAGACGUAUUAACAUCACCGUGUUCUACCCUUCCACUGCAGUAGAUAUUUGGGUCGAAUCCCCAACGGACAAAAUUAAGGAGGGGGAUUCAAUCAAGAUUCACUGCACUGCCAACGGGAAUAUGCCAUCUGUAUUAUCAAUUAGAAAUCUUAAAGACGACGAAUCCAGCGAUGUGUCCACAUUAGUCCUGAAGGAUGUCACCCGUCAAAACAGCGGAACUUACGAAUGCUCGUCUAUGGAUACAGACAACUUCGAAGAGAUCACUAGCUAUACUAACGUGUCCGUCCACUUUCUCGAUGAAGCUGUCAUCACUCCUACAAAAACUAUGACUCAUUCCCAAGGGGAGGACCUGAGGGCCGUCUGCAAUGCCCUCUCGUCUCUCCGGACCCACACGACCUGGCUGAAGAAUGGAAAGGAGGUUUCCAGAGGCCACACUCUGAACCUGAAGAAAAUGACAUAUGACAUGGCAGGGCAGUACGUGUGCGUAGUGAGCGUUCCUGAGAUCCAGGGCAUGCAAACCAACAGCACGCUGCAUGUGCAUGUCAAGGGCUCUCCAGUGAUCAUGGAGGGGGACAUGGCAGAGGCAGAGAUGGAGGUGGAGACGGGGAAGACCGUGGAGCUGAAGUGCAGCUUCAGAGGCUAUCCUGUUCCCAGCAUCACCUGGAGUUCCCCUGACAGAAAGGAUCUUGUCGGGCAGUCUGAACAGACUCAGCAGGGCGCUCAGAGCACGAUCAGUGUCAAAGUCUCCUCUGAUAUGACACUACACUGCAACGCCGCCAACGACCACGGCAAGAGCGCCAAGAUAUUCAACAUCAAAGCCAUAAGCACGAUACACACCACCACAUCAGCAACAACCACUACUACUACUACUACCACCACAACCACAACCACCACUAGCAUUUCCAAUGCCACAGUCCAAACAGAAGCAUCUAAACCAACAAGCCAACCAGCGAGCAAGAAAGAGAGCAAUGGUGUAAUCAUUGCAGUCAUCAUUAUCUGCAUCCUGCUUCUGGCAAUCUUGGGCAGCGUGCUCUAUUUCCUCUACAAAAAGGGCAAGAUCUGUGGCCGAUCUGGCAAACAAGACUUCAACAAAGGGAAGUCUGGCAAAGAUAACGUCGUGGUUGAGAUGAAGAGUGACAAAACAGAAGAAGCAAUUCUCCUCGGUGUCAAUGGAGAAAAACAAUCGCCUGGCGACCAGUAAGAGGUGUCAGAGGAAGCGACCACAGACGCGCCGACAGCUGCUCCUGUUCUUCCCUCUCAGGCUCGGACCCCGAGAUGCCUUCAAGUCUCCACCACUGUUCCUUACUCAAAGGUCGACGCAUGGAAACCCUCAGCCAGUCUGUCAGUCAUGAGGACGCCUGGCAGACCCUUCUGCUAACAGUCCAUUACAACUCUCAAGCUCUAAUGACAAGUGACUCCAGAGCUCCGUUUCCCAUCUUUGAUGACUUCACAACUCUGCUGACAAACCUUCAGCCUUCGAGCCGAGGACAAACCUUUGACUUAUACCCUGCUGAUAGCCCGCCGAACAAAGAUUAGAGCACAGAGCUGAUCGAAGACUGUUUUUUUUUAUUUUGAAUACAUGACCUAGGAACACAUCAGGCAAACAUCACUGAAGAGCAGCCUGAAGCAGCUCAGUUUGUGUACAUAUUAAUCUGUGUAGAUAAUUAUUUAAAAUAACACUGAAGAAAAGAAAAAAAGACCAGUGUUUUUCUGUUCUGGCGCUCUUCAAGUUAGAGCGAGAGAAGGGGGAGCUUAGCUAGACGUCUGUGUUUCCUUUAUGUUUUUUCGGUCUGCACACUGAAAGUUUGGGCUUGUACCAACCGCUUCACACCGACACCAAAACUUUGCCUGUUUGCUGCAAAUACAAGCUCGCAGGACACACAUGGAUCACAUGUUUUUUCCCGCUCCUGUCCACCCAACACUCGUCUUUUCACCCAACCAGGCCUGUUUAAAUGUAUGAAACGGUGUCUUUCAGACUGGUGACUAACCGGUUUGACACAGAACCGUCUCAAGGCUUCUUUCAUUUUUCUUUCCUUCAGUUUAGCUUCACAAACUUCAGUUUAUGCAAGUUUGACUUCAGCACUGCAAGCGGUCAAGUCACAAAGUUACAAGAUGCCUUAGGAAAUAUUACAAUAUUAAAAGCCAUGUAGAAACACAUUUUGUACUGUUAGUUUUAUUUGUUUUUAUUUCAUUUUCAGUGCACUGAUUUCUUUGUGGUUAUUCAUGUAGUUGUGUUGUUGCAGUAUGUGUUUUUAUGUUAACGAACUAUAUCUCUGUGGUUUUUCUCAUCCCUUUAAAAAAGGAAGGAUGAAGGUGGUGCAGACUUGUUGCUUGAUGUUGCCUCUGUGAUAAAGAUGCACGUUUCUGUUUAUUUGUUGGUAGAAACUUGAAAUAAUCCAUUUACAAGAGACACAAAACCCCCUCGGACUUGAUGCCUUAAACUCAGAGACUCCUCAUUUAAGUGUUAUGUUCUCAUGUUGGUAACCAUAGUAACUGACUACUGAGGAGGGGGAAUGACUGUGACUCCACAUGCAACUCAAGUUUGAAGACAAUCCAUUCUACCCAUCCUACCAUUUCAGUUUUCUUCCUACUCUCUUUUUGUCAAAUAAAACUCCACUGUCAAGAUUUUAAAUGUUUGAAAUACCUUUUAAAGCAUUUUAAGAUAUAUUAUGAACAAUGUCAUUGAAGACAUUCAAACCAAUUUACCAACAAAUUUAUUGUUUGUAGUUUUUGAAAGCUAUACCAAAUAAAGUUUAAAUGAGAAAUAAA